CUUCUCCGCCAUCCCGGUCCCUUUUUUAGAACCUUGCACCACCUCACGUUGCCGCCUCGGCUGAUUGAAGCUUGUUUCCUUGCAACUUGGUUUCGCCGCUUUACUUUUACGGCUCUUCUGUCCCGCCUUGUUUUCGCUCCGCCUUUGGCUCCUUUUAUUCUCGCAUAUACGCAUACACGUGGUAGCAACAGCUCUUCGCCAGCUUUUGACUGUCCUCUAAUCGCAGCUGUGUUGAGCAUUACAAGAUCGAGGGUAGCUAGACAGCAGCCCAAGGAAGAAGAAAAAGGCUCAUUGCCAUACCAACUACAGACUAGACGACAACAGACACAGCACCAGACCACACCACUCGUACAUCACACCACUCAUAUAUCGCAAUAAUAUUUCUCUUUACAUCAACCAACACAAUACACAAUGUCCGACGAACACGAUAACCACUCUGCUGGCCAUGCCGGCCGUGCCUACCCCAUCGAGCGCUCAGACUCGUCAGCGUCCACAACUCCCUCCGAUCAGAACGAGUCUGUUAUCCACCAGCCCAUUCCCACUCGCCCUGGCCCUCGCGAUAGCUCGCAAUUUGAACCAGAAAUCAUUCGACCCAUGAGCCCGCGGAGGACCAACGAAGACAUUAACAAGAUGGGCGAGGAGGCGCGCGAGGAGCUGAGAAAGCAUGCCAAGGCUCUGCAAGAAUCGCUCCUCACAAUCUUCAACCGCAUCGAAGCGGUACGGGAAGAGCACGACAAGCUCGACAACAACAACAAAUUUCUUCAAAAGUACAUUGGUGACUUGAUGAGCACGAGCAAGAUCACGGCGACGGGAAGCCGAGGAAAGAAAUAAGCCACCUUUGACAACUACACAUCAUCUACAUGUGGCUCUAGUCAAGUUGACCUGCUGGUUCUGCGCUUGGAUUAAUCACCAUCUGAAAUACAUGGACGCAAACAGACGUCAUCUCAUAUCAACAGCUACCUACAACACAGCUACCCAUAACGACAAGGCUGAUUUCGACCCGUCUUUCCUAAAGCAAAAACCAAGAUUUUGGGCUAUUUCCAUUCAUCGCGCCACGAAAAGACUGUGGCGCUUCAGUUAUUUUAUUUUGGAGCAUUGUAUUUCUAAAGGCGCCGCUCCGAGCCCCCCUUUUUGAAGAAAGAAAAGGAGAGGGGCUCAUGAUACCCAGACUUUGAACAACAAUUUUUUUCUUUUUGCAUUUUGCCGCCACGAUCCACAUGCUUCCCUUUUUUUUUUUUACUUUUAUAUUCUUUUUCUUGUCGUUACGGCCACACCAUGUUUGUGAAAAAGCGACAUUUACUGUACACUACCCUUGAAAUAUGGGGAUUCUGAGCAACGUUUAUGAGCGCCAACACCUUUUAUGGCAGCAUCUCGUCAUUGUAUGGGGCGUCUUAUUUGCGAAUUUUCUUUUCAUUGUUCUUACAAUUGUUGGUCAUUUUUUACAACUGUCUUGUCUUGUGUUUUUUUAUUGUUUGUGUUUGUUUCUUUUUACAAUUUACAGGCUCUCAUCUUACUGGGACUGGGAGAUCAUAUCUAUCGGGCGUUUAAAGGGCAGGUCCUUGAGGGAUCUGUGAUUUGUUUUGCAUGGAGCAGCGUAGACGGAUACUGGAAAGGUUCGGGAAAGGGAAGACGGAAGAGGGAAUUGGCAGCGAAAAGAAAAAAAAAACCAAUCAAAAAUAUUCAAAAUGAAAACAUGUAUCUGACUUAUUGUACAAGGGGAAAUAAGAUCUUGGUCUCAAAUGUUUUUGUCUCUAUAACUCGACAGUCAAGAAAACACUUGUUCAAACACUACUUGGAUGCUUCUACUUUUCGUGCUCGACUGUGGGAUCUUGCUUGGGGGAUGUGAGUUGGACUGUACAAUACCUACACCAAAACCAACACACAAGGCCAGCACAUUUUGCAAUUGCAAUUGCAAUUACAAUUACACAGACGAGGAGCACGCUGCGGCAAUUCCAACCGUGAAGGGAACGGAAUCUGAUGUCAUGGUGUUUGCCACCGAGGAUGAGCAGGAGGCUCUUACGGAGACAGAUGUCGUCAGUUUGGUACGACAACAACGACGAGGGGGGGCUAAAACAGGCAAGGGGGGCGUUUUGUAUCUUUUCAUGGUGUCGCAAAUAGUCUUUUUUUUUUCCCUUUACGAGAAGAAUCCACGCUACGUUGUAUUUUUGUAUAUUGUGACACAUCAAUAUUUCCCUGUUCUUUCAAUCUUCUGAUUUUUUUGCCAUCAGCUAGGAGAGGGGAGCUAAAGCACUGGCCACAGAGCUGGCGCAUAAUGUGAUGUGUUAGAUUUCACAGUUGACACGGCCCAGGCUCUCUCUCUCUCUGAUGGAUGGAUGGGAUGCAGGGCCAGUCGGUACCUGUAGAAUGUGUCUGCCCACUGCCGGCAUAUAUACUUGUAGGUACACACAUGACACACAAAAAGUAGGGGUAUCGAAGAAAAAAAAACAUGCAGCAGGGCUGGAGGAGCUGAAACAAGGGGGGGGGGGCAUGAAGCGAUGUAAGGGCAGCUUGCUUUGGGUGGAAAACGAC